AUGUUCUUGAAGGUCCGUGGGUCGACGCCCUCAUGUGGUUGCCGUGGAGAAGUAUCGGAGUCCCAGGUGUUGGAGCGGUCCGGCCCUUCCUCUCUGCCUGCCUGCCCUUCCUCUCUGCCUGCCUCCCCUUCCUCUCUGCCUGCCUCCCCUUCCUCUCUGCCUGCCUCCCCUUCCUCCCUCUGCCUGCCUCCCCUUCCUCUCUGCCUGCCUCCCCUUCCUCUCUGCCUGCCUCCCCUUCCUCUCUGCCUGCCUCCCCUUCCUCUCUGCCUGCCUCCCCUUCCUCCCUCUGCCUGCCUCCCUUCCUCUCUGCCUGCCUCCCCUUCCUCUCUGCCUGCCUCCCCUUCCUCUCUGCCUGCCUCCCCUUCCUCUCUGCCUGCCUCCCCUUCCUCUCUGCCUGCCUCCCUUCCUCUCUGCCUGCCUCCCCUUCCUCUCUGCCUGCCUCCCCUUCCUCCUCUGCCUGCCUCCCCUUCCUCCUCUGCCUGCCUCCCCUUCCUCUCUGCCUGCCUCCCCUUCCUCUCUGCCUGCCUCCCCUUCCUCUCUGCCUGCCUCCCCUUCCUCUCUGCCUGCCUCCCCUUCCUCUCUGCCUGCCUCCCCUUCCUCUCUGCCUGCCUCCCCUUCCUCUCUGCCUGCCUCCCCUUCCUCCCUCUGCCUGCCUCCCCUUCCUCUCUGCCUGCCUCCCCUUCCUCUCUGCCUGCCUCCCCUUCCUCCCUCUGCCUGCCUCCCCUUCCUCCCUCUGCCUGCCUCCCCUUCCUCUCUGCCUGCCUCCCCUUCCUCUCUGCCUGCCUCCCCUUCCUCUCUGCCUGCCUCCCCUUCCUCUCUGCCUGCCUCCCCUUCCUCUAA